CUUUGUGGGCGGAACGUUGUGAUGUUUUGUGAUGGGAUGGAAAAUGGCGGCUGUUCAGAGAGCGUCUCAACUUUAAACCGAAGAACUCUGGCAGGAACAAAGCAGAGGGUUAUUACCGGAUUAUUAACAGUUUAUUAACAGAUUAUUUUAAAUAUUUAAGUGUUCUUUUAUGUCAUUAAUACUGGCUCUGAACAGAGGUUUCUAUCGGGUUUAAUUUUAAAGUAUCUCUAAUUAAACGGAGAGGAGUGAACGAAGCUUUAGGAUUUGUACUGAAUUUUCUUAAAAAGGCGGGUUUUUACUUAAUAUUAUCACAUUUAUCUUUUAUAUAAAGCUCCUCAGAAUAUUUCCGAUCAAAUAAUCUGGAUGAAUAAUGCCCCUGCUCAGUAACAUGGAUGACUCUAAACCUCGCUACAGUAAAAGACUGCGGGCGGGUACCCGACGGCGUUACCAUGAUGACGGCAUCUCUGAUGAAGAGAUUGAUGGGCGGAGGAUGUUUGACCUGGAGGAGAAGGUCAGCAGUACGCGGUUCAGCUCCGACAGAGUGCUGCGGAUGGAGGGGAAAGAUCUGACAUACGAGUUUGUGCAGAGAGGAGGACUGAGAGACCCCAUCCUGUUUGAGAGACCCGAAGGACUUGGACUCAAGAUGCCUGAACCGGACUUCAGUGUGAACGAUGUGAAGAUGUUUGUUGGGAGCCGGCGAAUGAUUGACGUGAUGGACGUGAGCACUCAGAAGGGGACGGAGAUGUCAAUGGCUCAGUGGACGCGUUACUACGAAACUCCGCCCCCUCAGAGAGAGAAGCUCUACAACGUCAUCAGUCUGGAGUUCAGCCACACCAAGCUGGAGACAUUGGUCCACAGACCCACGACGGUGGAUCUGAUUGACUGGGUGGACAACAUGUGGCCUCGACACCUGAAGGAGAGACAGAGAGACUCCACCAACUCCAUCACUGACAUGCAGUACCCCAAAGUCCAGAAGUACUGUCUGAUGAGUGUGGAGGGCUGCUACACAGACUUCCACAUCGACUUUGGAGGAACAUCAGUGUGGUAUCACAUCCUGAGAGGAAGUAAGGUGUUCUGGCUAAUCCCACCCACUCCUCAGAACCUGGAGCUGUAUGAGAACUGGGUUCUGUCAGGGAAACAGGGUGAUGUGUUUCUUGGAGACCGAGUGUCUGACUGUCAGAGGAUCGAGCUGAAGCAGGGCAACACCUUCAUCAUCCCCUCAGGCUGGAUCCACGCCGUCUACACUCCUGUGGACUCCAUGGUGUUCGGAGGGAACUUCCUGCACAGUUUCAACAUCCCCAUGCAGCUCAACAUCUGUAACAUUGAAGACCGGACACGGGUUCCAGUCAAGUUCCGCUACCCAUUCUACUACGAGAUGUGUUGGUAUGUGUUGGAGCGCUACGUGUUCAGCCUGACAAAGACAUCAUACCUCACGCCAGAGUUCCAGAAGUACUCACUGGGAAUAGGUCUGAAGAAACCAGCUGGUGCUGAAGUGUCCUCUGAGCAGAAGGAGGAGAAUGAUGACGACGACGAUGAUGAAGAUGAAGUGCAGCAGACAGACGGGGUUAGAGUGACUCCUCUGGAACUGGAAGGACUCUGGAACCUUCUUGGUAAACUGGAAUCUCUGCCGUCCAAUAAGAAGUGUGUUCCUGCAGGAAUCCACAACGCCCCGGCCCUUAUCACUCACAUUAAGGCUCUCCUGAAGGAACACGCCAAUGAUAACCCCAAACUGUCGUACACGGGGAAGCCCAUCGUACGGUGGCCUAAAAGACCAUCCUGGUAUCAGCCUCCCCCUCCUCCUCCUCCACCUCCACGACCUAAACUGGCCAACACUCCCAUCAUUCCACGCCCACAGAAGCCCGCCUCCUCCAUGUCAGUGCUGAGACGCCGCAGAGUCAGGUGUAAGCGCUGUGAGGCGUGUAUGAGGGCAGAGUGUGGCGAGUGUAACUUCUGCAGAGACAUGAAGAAGUUUGGAGGGCCGGGUAAACUCAAACAGACCUGUGUGCUCCGCCAGUGUCUCUCUCCUGGCCUCCCUCUCUCGGCCGUGUGUGAGAUCUGUAAAGAGCCGAACCAGGAGGAGACUGGAGACCCCUCGCUAAUCCUUAUGGAGUGUUCCAACUGUGCUCAGAUCGUCCAUCCUGCAUGUCUGACGAUUCAGGGAGAAGGCGUGGUCAACAAAGACCUGCCCAGCUGCUGGGAGUGUCCAAAGUGUGUUCAGGGCAUCACCGACCCUGAGCAGUCUAAGGGACACAAAGCUGAAGGCCUCCCUCUGAAACGUAAAUCUUCGUCUCUGUUGGACGCUCGGAUGGCAAAGAUUUACAGACGACAUAGACACAGCCGUGAUGGAGACGACUCUGCUAGUGAUGAUGAAGAUGAAGCCUCUCAGCGCAGGAAGAUGGCGCUCCACGCUCGUGGCGGCGUCCACUCAGCCAGGAGGGGCUUCAGUGCUAACAGGAGGGGCCUACUGAGAGGAGGCUCCGCCCACAGAGGGAGUAGAGGUGGAGUCAUACCUGGCUCGUCCUCCGUCCUCAAACUGAAGCGAGGCGUCGGGGUGAGGGAAGGGGGACGGAGGGGGAGGGGGGUGAGGCUGAGGGGGGGCUCCAGGAUGCAGCGUCGAGGAGAUGAGUCAGAGGAGGAGUCAGAUGAUGAGGAUGACGAUGAUGAAGAGGAGGAGGAGGAAGAGGAGGACGAGGAGGAGGAGGACAGUGAGGAUGGAGGGAAAGAGCGCCGACAGCGUCACCGCCGACGGAGACGACGAAUGGAUGAUGAUGAGGAGGAUGACAGUGAAGGGAGGGACUAUGAUCCUGAGGAAGAGGAGCUAGAUACCCUGGAGGAUGAAGAGGAGGAGGAGGAAGAGGAGGGAAGGUGGGACUCAGACCCUGAACCUCCAGUCCUCCUGGUAUCAGACCUGAACGACGACCUGCUGAGUGGAUCCUACCUCACUGUGACCCUACAGCGCCCCCACAAGGCCCGGACGCACACAGGCUCCAUUGUUCCAAAGCUGGAGGCUGCUGUGUCCCAGCGGUCAGCAGGGGGCGCAGCAGGUCAGCAGACCUUCAUCCAGAGGAAGACUCUGUCCAAACCUCAUCGACCCAAGACCUGUGACAGUGAGAGCACCACACCACGAGGACCCGGAAGGCCUCGUCUGCGGGGCAAUCAUGGUGACAGAGGAACCAAAGAUGGCUCGGGAUCUUCAUCAGAAGAAGAGGCUCCUCCACCCUCAUCCACCCUGUCUCCCCCCUCCCUGCUGUCCCUCCCUUCCUUUAAGGAUGUAGGGAACGAUGGUGGAGGAGAGAAGGAAGUCUGGGUGUCCGUCUUCAGUUUCCUCCACCGUGCCGAGCUGCUCAACUGUAUGACUGUCUGCAAGGCGUGGUACAAGUGGAGCUGUGAUAAACGUCUGUGGAGUCACAUCGAUGUCAGUCGCUGCAGUCCUCUCUCCAAUCAGUCUCUGGCUGGACUCAUCAAACGCCAGCCGUCCUCUCUGGACCUGUCCUGGACCCCGAUCGCUAAGAGACAGCUCACCUGCCUGCUCACCAGGCUGCCAGGUCUGAGGGAGCUGAGAGUGGCCGGUCUACCGUGGUCGUGCCUGUCCGCUCUGGCAUCUCCGACUCUGCCCUGUCUGCGUCUGCUCGACCUGCGAUGGUGUGAAGGGAUCAGAGACGCACAGCUCAAAGAGGUCAUCCUCCCGUCAGACUCGGACUCAUCCCGCAGCAGGCUGAGGAGCAUGCAGACUCUACGACUGUCUGGUCUGGAGGUGAGUGAGUCCUCGCUCCGGUUGCUGCAGAGACACAUGCCUCAGCUGCAGAGACUGGACCUGUCCCACUGUAAGGACGUCUGUGAUUCGUCCAUCACUCUGCUCACUGCAGCGGGGACACACACCAGACACAACCUGACUGAGCUCUACCUGGCAGGCUGCAGCGAGCUGACAGACAGCUGUCUCUCCUACCUGAAGCGUCUGUCGUCCCUAUCUCUGCUGGACCUGCGUGGAUGUUCGGCAGUGAGCAGACGAGCGUGUGACGCCUUCAUCUCUGAUUUGUCUCACAUCGCCGUCUACUGUAUGAUGGAGGAGAAGCUCAUCCAGCGCAUCGACUGACACUAGAGACAGAUAGAUGCUAACUCACUGCUCUUCAUGUUUAAAACUCCAAACCAACAUCGCUGACAACGUCAACGAGAGAGUCCCUCAGCCGGCUUCUCCUGUUAGUGACUAAACCAGACUUUCUGAGCAUUCCCCAUAGCUCCCCGUCAGACCUUGGCUGGACCAGACCUUCUGAGAGUGCUCCAUAGCUCCCUGUCAGUCACAGACUGGUCCAGGCCUUCUGAGCAUGCUCCAUAGCUCCCUGUCUGACCCAGACUGGACCAGGCCUUCUGAGCAUGCUCCAUAGCUCCCUGUCUGAGCCAGACUGGACCAGGCCUUCUGAGCAUGUUCCAUAGCUCCCUGUCUGACCCAGACUGGACCAGGCCUUCUGAGCAUGCUCCAUAGCUCCCUGUCUGACCCAGACUGGACCAGGCCUUCUGAGCAUGCUCCAUAGCUCCCUGUCUGACCCAGACUGGACCAGGCCUUUUGAGCAUGCUCCAUAGCUCCCUGUCUGAGCUAGACUGGACCAGGCCUUCUGAGCAUGCUCCAUAGCUCCCUGUCUGACCCAGACUGGACCAGGCCUUCUGAGCAUGCUCCAUAGCUCUUGCUGACUGUUUUGAUGUUUGUUCCAGCUGAGGGUUGAUGUUGUUUCUGUACAUUUUUUUCUCUGAGUAAAAAAUUAAAAGUGAAAUGUUUGUGAAAGUGUUUCUUGUCUCCUCAGAUAAACAUUAAAACCUUU